AUUAUUCGUUAGUUUGUUGAAGGCCAACGAAAGGAAGAAAUCUUGUUAUUCACUUUGUUAGUUCGUUUCCAGCAGCUGUCAAGACCACUGCAACAUGAAUAGUUUCUACAGUUUCUGUGCAGCUUUUUUUGUGAUAGGAUUGAUCCUCGUGCUUGCAAUUAUAGGAUGGUGGAUAUUUAUUCACACUUCACCUUUUCAUGUGACAGUUAAUAAAAUUCCUGGUCCCAAGUUCUACCUUCCCUUAAUUGGAAAUGCCUUGGAUCUAUCCGGAGGGCUCGAUCAUAUACUCAAUACGUUUCAAUUUAAAUGGACGAAACAGUACGGAGGAAUUUAUAGAAUUUUCGUUGGAACGAACUGCUUCAUACCUGUUUCAUCACCCGUACUGCUCGAGACGAUUUUGAGCAGCCAUAAAAUCAUUGAUAAAGGUAUAUCAUAUGAACAGUUGCAUCCAUGGUUAGGACAAGGUCUUCUUACAAGUUCGGGGGACCUGUGGAGAUCACGCCGGAAACUGCUGACGCCAGCUUUUCAUUUUUCAAUUCUGAAUAAUUUUGUCGAAGUUUUCAACGAACAAAGCCGCAUCCUCUGUGGAAUUUUCGGUGAACUUUGCCAAUCUUCUCCAGACGGUAAAGGAGAAAUAGAUGUCUAUCCAUUGAUUACAAGGUGUUCGCUUGACAUUAUUUGCGACGCUGUGAUGGGAACGAAAAUGAACGCGCAAGUUGAGGAUUCUGAUUACGUAAAGGCGGUUUACAGAAUUGGACAGGUGUUCGUGGAACGGUUCCAAAAGCCAUGGUUAAAAAAUUCUAGAAUUUUCUCCCUUUCCGCUCUGGGACGAGAACACGAUCAACUAUUGAAAACCCUCCAUGGUUUCACCGAAAACGUGAUUCGUAAAAGACAGGAAACCUUCGUCAAACAAACGCAUUUAAAAAUUGAAGCGGAAGAAGCGGAAGCUGGAAUCAGAGGAAAAGGAAAAUUACCACUUCUAGAUUUGUUGCUUAAAGUUUCAGACGACGGCAGAGUUCUUUCUGCGCACGACAUACGACAAGAAAUUGAUACGUUCAUGUCUGCGGGGCAUGAUACAACAAGUUCCCUUAUAGGCUGGUUUUUAUACUCUAUGGCAUCGAAUCCAGAAUGUCAGGAGACGGUGUUCAAUGAAUUACAAGAUGUCUUUGGAGAAUCGGAAAGAGACUGCACUCAAGAGGAUAUUCCCAAUUUGAAGUAUUUUGAUUGUUGCAUCAAGGAGACGUUGAGGAUUUAUCCCAGUGUCCCUGCGUUUGAAAGGAAUGUUCAAGAAGAUGUCAAAAUUGGAGAAUAUUUGAUACCCGCCGGAACUACUUUGCAAUGUUUAACUUUGGCUAUUCAUCGAAAUCCUGAAUUCUUCCCUGAUCCUUUGGCUUACAAACCCGAACGAUUUUUUCCUGAGGAAGCCAUCGGUCGACAUCCGUAUGCCUACAUCCCGUUUAGUGCUGGACCACGGAACUGUAUCGGUCAAAGAUUUGCGUUGCUAGAAAGCAAGGUCGUGCUAUCGAGUCUUCUCCGCCGUUAUAAGUUUGAGCUUUCACCCUACGCCAAGCCUCCCAUUCCUUCAUACCACGUAAUUUUAAAGUCUUUAACUGGCAUCAAUUUAGUUGUCUCCCAGCGUUGAAGACCGAUAUAAUUACCAACGUUUUCCAGCUUUGUUUUGCGUCAGCCGGCGGCCCGGCGCAGUGAGUAAAUUAAAUUUUAACUUUGGACGUGCUUUAACCAAGAAUUUACUAAUUAUCCCAAAGUUGCUGAGUCUGUACGAAACAGACUGGUAUUGUUUUUUUGUUGUUGGGUCUACAAAAUAACCGUCGUCACACUACUACUAAUUAAUUCUACAGCGCAAAUACUUAUUUUCUUUUUGUUAAUAAGACGUGUGUUGGCCGCCUUAUCGAUUGGGCAUAUUCACCAGCAUAUUCCUGUUUGGUCUUUGUUAGGAAUCACAAAGCGCACCAGUUCAUACACCGUAUUAUUAAUAGGCCAGAUAUUGAAUAGCCUAGUGCACAAACCGUUGGUUCGCAGUUUGCGGUAGUCAUCGCUUCUUUGUUCUCCGUUCUUCUCUCGACAAUCAAAAAAAGAAUUGGAAUUCCGCAGCUUGGGUGGCAUUGGACGUCAUUUUCUAGUCGUCAAGGAGGCUGUACCAACGAACUUAUCAAGCCGAACUGUUUAACCAAGCAAUUACCGGGGCCUCGACCUUUGAUUGAAAACACCUUGGACAUUAAAGGAAGACGUGAUAGUGAGGGAAGAGUCAUCCUAGCAAUUAUGAGUUACGACUUCCAUAUUGUUUAAGUCAAGUCUAAAUUGUUUUUCCCUAGCUCCGGAAUCGCUUCGAAUAACGUGUGCUGAAACGGGUUUAAUGUCAUCAUUAUAUCACAAGUUCGAUAAGCUUUGGAUGGGCAUAAUAAAAAUAACUAGAUCGAUUUUCAGGGUCUUACAACUAA